UUCAAACCCUAUAAAAGUUGUCAGCUUUCUUCAACAAGGAAUCAAGAUUCAUCACAAAAUUUGGGUUUUUUUUGCUUGUCAUCUUGAAUCUUUGCUCACUUUCUUUCUUUAGGUUUAUCCCCUUUUCAAUCCUUCUUCUUGAUCUACAACAAUGGGCGGCUGCUUCAGCAAGAAAAAUCGCCAAAACCCAAAUUCUAAUGGCUAUAGAUCUUCAAAACAUCAAAAUUACCAACCAGUUUCUGAAAAUUACCAAAAACCCAGAUCAAAUUACACCCAGCCUCCACAAGAAACCCACCACCACCACCAACACCACCAGCCACCACCGCCGCCGCCACAAAACACCACCCCACCUCCUAAACCAGCACCACCACCUCCAAACCCAGCACCACCACCUUCAAACCCUAGGCCUGCUCAGGGUUCAGACCCAAAUACCAUUUUGGGGAAGCCAUUUGAGGAUAUAAGAAGACACUACAAUCUUGGAAAAGAAUUGGGCAGAGGUCAAUUUGGGGUAACUUAUCUUUGUACUGAGAAUUCAACUGGUCAUACUUAUGCUUGUAAAUCAAUCUUGAAAAGGAAGCUUUCAAGCAAAAAUGAUAAAGAGGAUAUCAAGAGGGAGAUUCAGAUUAUGCAACAUUUAAGUGGUCAACCAAAUAUUGUUGAGUUUAAAGGGACUUAUGAAGAUAGACAAUCUGUUCAUCUUGUGAUGGAGCUUUGUGCCGGUGGGGAGCUUUUUGAUCGGAUUAUAGCUCAAGGACAUUACACUGAGAAAGCUGCAGCUUCAAUUUGUAGGCAGAUUGUGAAUGUUGUUCAUGUGUGUCAUUUUAUGGGUGUGAUGCAUAGGGAUCUAAAGCCUGAGAACUUUUUGCUUUCUAGUAAAGAGGAGAAUUCGAUGUUGAAAGCAACGGAUUUCGGGUUAUCUGUGUUUAUCGAAGAAGGGAGGGUGCACCGUGACAUAGUCGGUAGUGCAUACUACGUUGCUCCGGAGGUUUUGAGGCGGAGUUACGGGAAAGAAAUAGAUAUUUGGAGUGCAGGGGUAAUGUUGUACAUUCUACUAAGCGGUGUGCCUCCAUUUUGGGCAGAAACCGAAAAGGGUAUAUUUGAUGCCAUACUAGAAGGUGUUAUCGACUUUGAAACCGAACCAUGGCCGUCGAUAUCAAGGAGUGCAAAAGAUCUUGUCCGUAAAAUGUUGACGCAAGACCCGAAAAAGAGAAUUACUUCGGCCCAAGUGCUUGAGCAUCCAUGGCUAAGAGAAGGCGGAGAAGCAUUAGACAAGCCGAUAGAUAGUGCGGUGCUGUCCAGAAUGAAGCAAUUUAGAGCGAUGAAUAAGCUCAAGAAACUCGCUUUGAAAGUCAUUGCCGAGAGUAUGUCUGAAGAAGAAAUUAAAGGUCUCAAAGCAAUGUUCGUGAACAUGGACACGGAUAAGAGCGGUUCCAUCACUUACGAGGAACUCAAGACCGGACUCGCUAGGCUCGGUUCCAAGCUUUCAGAAGCCGAAGUUAAGCAACUCAUGGAAGCCGCUGACGUGGACGGAAAUGGAACCAUCGACUACAUCGAGUUUAUAACCGCUACCAUGCAUAGGCAUAGACUCGAAAGAGAUGAGCAUCUAUACAAAGCCUUCUGCCAUUUCGAUGCCGAUAAUAGCGGGUAUAUCACCAUGGAUGAACUGGAAACAGCCAUGAAAGAAUACGGAAUGGGCGAUGAAGCUACCAUCAAGGACAUCAUUUCCGAAGUGGAUACUGAUAAUGAUGGAAGAAUCAACUAUGAGGAGUUUUGCACCAUGAUGAGAAGUGGAACAGCACAUCAAGCCAAACUCUUUUGAUCGUUUUCAUAGAAAACGAGAUCGAUGCAGGUUCAAACUAGCUAACAUUUGUCGCGCAUUGUGGUAUUAUUACGCUCUCGGGGUUGUGUAGAUGAGGCCUUUUUUCAUGUAUCUUUUGGAUUAUCGAGUUUUGGUUAUUUUGUUUGCUUUCGGUAUGUAACAGUUUACUUAUAAAUGCUUGUUUGACGUUCGUUUUCUUUGACAUUUGUAAUAUGUUAUCGUUACUCUUUUAAGUCCGAAUCUUGUACUA